AUGGUUUUGUAUAAAAGGAAAACGAUAACGUUGCCAGAUGCUAGGCCAUUACCGUCAAAUAUCAAUAGGAAAAUAUGGUACAUUCAAGAGACAGGGGAAUGGUUUUUGACUUAUGCAGAGUUUUUGCAACGAUUGGAUUUUUAUAGGCGACAUUAUUUCACCUGUGAGAUCACUGGUACAUCAUGUUUAACUUUUUUUGAAGCGUUGAACAGUGAAGAAGAGCAGUUCCAAUACGUUGAGAAAAUGUUCCCUUUAAAAUUACGUGAACCUGUUGCAAAAUUCAUCCAUUUCAACGAGAUUAGAAGGCUAGAUAUGCUCGUCGAACAGGUAUAUGCAAGAUUUAAAAACGACUAUUUCCCUGGAGAAACGGUAUACCUACGGAAAAGUAAGCAAGAUUCCUCACAUGACGAUGCUGAAAAACAUCAUCAGCACUCACAUGGAUCACAGCAUCAAAAAAUUUACAUUAUCAAAGAAAAGGCUCAGUUUAAUGCAGUUAUAGAUAGAGAUACAAGGCAAGAAUUGGUUCCUGCCCAUGCAAAAUAUAUGUUACAGGAAGCACAAGGUAGUACUUCAAUCGUUGCCGAUGAGGAUCAGAUUUAUCGUGAUAGAUCAUGUUUCACUAAGCAUUUGAUUAAAUGUUUCUGUAAGAUAACGUUGCGUCGUGCUUCAACUAAGAUGGGUGCCCCAUGGUGUGUGAAAGAUGAAUAUUUGCCCAUCUAUAAUUUAACCUUAACGUGGCCAGAAAGUAUGCUAAAAUACAAGGAAGAUUACGUAGAUCCGCAGUAUUUGCAACAACUUCAACACAUGGCGGAACUUAAUCGAGAAAGAGAAGCUUCGGCAGCCAUUGGUGAGCAUAAACGAGAAAUUGAAAUUGCUAGAACAGAAACACCAGAUCAGAAAAGAAUAAAAACUGAAGAACUGAUAUCUGAAUCCUCACCUUCGGUUGACCAUACCAGUAACGACAAUAAUCAAAUAACCAAUGGCGAUCAACAAAGCAUAACGCAAAUCACUGAAGAUUUGGAAAUACCUUUCAUGGCACCAAGGCCUUCAGCUAUCAACGAUGCACUUUUAAAAUACUCUAAGGAGUAUGUGCCAAUCUCAAAUUCUCUCGAUAAACCAUUUGCGCAUGAUAUUGGUAAACUCCUUCAUUGUUAUCAGUUUUUAAUGGCAUUUAAUGCGACCCUUCAACUUUCGGAAUUUAGUUGGGAUGAUUUUGUAAAUUCUUUGAGAUUUACUGAUCCGCGCCAAAUGAUGGACGAGUACGUAACGAUUAGUUAUGAGGACGGUACGGGUACUAAGGUGGAAAGAAUUAAUAUCUGGAAUGAAUCGAUAUAUAAAUAUAUUGACUCUUCAAAUUCAGAAAAAAUGAAGUUCACCUUGUCCUUGGACACUAUGAUAAAUGAUGACUAUUUGGACGAGUUGAAAAUAACAGGUACUUCCUUGAUAGUGGAGUGUUUUUGUUCACUGUUAAGGUUGUUCAUAGACACCAGUGGGGAUUGGACGACAUUAGUCCCUUCGGAGUGGCUUGAGGAGGACACGGACGAAAAUUCGAGUGAAAAUGAAGAUUUAGAGAUGGAAGAAAACGACGAAGUUAGUGCUGAUCUUGAAUCGUUAUUAGAGAAGUGUUUAAACUAUCGAAAAGUAAAAUGGACAGACAGGCUUUCUAAGAGGCAAUUUAACAAUGGUUUCUGGUUGAUAGUUCUCUUAGGUGUUCUCCAAGACUUCAUGCAUUUACCAAUGUAUAAAUCGACAAUUCAAGGCUUCAUCAAAAAUCUGGUGCCGUCUGAGCACACCCCGUCAAAUAUUUCCUUGAAUAGGUACUUAUGGAGAAAGUUUUGCAAAGAUAUUUCUGUUGAGGAGAAAGUUAACAUUAUGUGGAUAUUAGUUGAAAUAUUGAGCAACUACUCAUCAAUAAUAAGAUCUGCAAUGGAUGAUUCAAUGGAACUUUGUAACCAAAUUAGAAGUGAGAGGUUUAGAUUGAAUAGGGAUCUUAAAGCAUGUUCUAAUACUGUUGCUGGACUAAAAGAACAAUUUACAGUUUCUGAGUUGCAACAAUCUGAGAGCAGUAAUGAUAAUAUCGAACUGAAAGAAAACCUAAAAAAAGCAACAGAUCAACUGGAACGGUUCCAAAGGAGGAAAAGCUUUUUUGAUGCUAGGUUGAUUGAAGCUGAUCUUCAAAGACUAAAACCCUUGGGAUAUGAUAGAUAUGGUAACAAAAUCUACUGGUUAGAAUAUUGCGGAGUUCCUAGGCCGAACAUAUUCUCGAAGGCUUCACACUUAUUAAGCAAUAGAUUGUGGAUCCAAGGACCUGUCAAAGAAGCUGUGCUAUACUACUUCAAGAUAACGGAAGAAGAGUACAAUCAAUGGAUUUCUUUAGCUAACGAAUUGGGUAAAAUUCAAGCCACCAAACAGGUUUUCCAUGUUUAUCGCGAUGAGAAAGGUUGUUAUUUCCACUACGAUAAAGAGGGAGAUAUCAUGUUGAUAAAUGAAGAAGGUGUUUUCAAUACGUUCAUUGAACUUUCGCCACUUCAAAGAAAAAUUAUUGAUGAGACACCGGAAGGUCUUUUGUUUACUCCUAAUGACUGGAUAUUCUUGCAAGAUCCUGAACAACUCAUUUCGAUGACUAAUUGGUGGGACAGCUGGGGAAAACGAGAACAUGAAACACUGAAACAGUUGCAAUCAGUUAUGGAGCCGGUGAUAGAGACAUUAAAUCAAUAUAAGACUCAAGUUCAAGACGAAGUUACUGAAAAAAGAGAAUUGUUACUGAAAGAGAUUGCGGCUUUGGAAAUAGCGGAUAACGAAUUAAGUGUAGAUGAUACAGUGGACGACAGAGAUGAGUCUGAUAUAGAAGGCGAGUUAGAGAAGAUUGCACAAGAUAUAAUGGCUCUUGAUGACUCAUCUAAGACUCGUAAGAUUCUUCUGAAACUGGAGCAACUCGAAGCACAGCGUGACGAGUUAUUGGCAAAGAAAAAAGCGUUGGAUGGUAAAGAGACUGAAAAUGGUGCCAAGAUGUCAAGGUUGCAAAGGAAAUCAUUACGUGCAUCUCGUGACAGAAAAAUGACCGUCCUCAAAAAAAGCUUUGAUAAGCUUUUAAACCUACAAAGAGAAACAGAACGCAUUUCAAUCAACAACUGGACGAAUAGAAAAGCCAUUGAAGCUUUCGGUAGUGAAUUAGCCAAGUGCAACGGUAAUCCAAAGACUUCAAAGAAUCCCGAACCGGUUACUGUCAGUGACACAUUCGCAGAAAUCCUAAGACAAGCAGUGAUCGCAGAGAGCGAGCCGGUAAAAGAAGAGACCGAAGACAGCAAUGCAAAUGCAGAAAUACAGCCAAAAACUAUACAAGACGAAAAUUCCGCAUGA